AUUUAUAAUCACUUUGCACUUGGAUUUAGAACUAACAGCUCGUAGCAAAGUUUUAAUCGAUAAAAAUGAACGCCAUUUUACUUUUCAAUCUAGCUGGAUUUGUCAUUUCUGUUGUAUGUGGAGACGACGGUUCAUGUCUAACAAAAGCAUGUAACAACAAAAUGACAGCGCCAUUGCUUGAUAAUCAAAACGCACCUCUUGUAGCGAUGAUCGACCUGUCAAAAGCUGAUGAACACGUCAAAGAGUAUGUCAACACAGCUAUAGAAACAAAAAUGACAAAUCUCGUUAAAACCAAACUUGAAGAUGUUUUCAAAUCAUUAAAGCUUGAGGAAGAUGUUAAACUUUAUGUUGACGAAGUUAAACAAAAUGUGACAUUAAGCAUCACGGACGAUAUUAAACGAAUCAUAGAGAAGGUUUUACAGGGGAAACAAGUGAAGCCAGCUUUCUUUGCAACAUUAAAGGCAACUCAAAACCUUGGAAGAAAUGACGUGCUAAAAUUUUCAAACGUAGUUACCAACGUUGGAAAUUGUUAUGACGUCAACACUGGCAUUUUCAAUUCACCACAGACGGGUGUAUAUGAGUUUUCUGCAAAUUUCAUUUCAAAUGGUGACAUGUGGCUUGAAAUAAACUUAAUGAAGAAUGGACAUUUUAUAGCUCGGGGUCAUUGUGCAAAGACACAUGGCGUUGCUGGAACACUCCAAGUAAUACUGGAACUACAGAAAGGUGACACGAUAUAUCUACAACAUCCACGAGAUUCCGGAUCGGUUUAUGGUGGCGAUUACUCCAUGUUUUCUGGACACAUGCUUUGAUAAGAAGUAUAACUGAUCCAUGAAUUAAUUUGAUACCAUUGUGUUAUUGUGUUCCCCUUUAUUUUGAUUGUCAUUGCCUUUAAUAUAACGCUUUGGUACUGGCAGGAUUUAACUGUAAUUUUUCAUUUUAUGAAUUAUGGAAUUGUUUGAAAACUGAGGUUGCAGAUAUAUUUGAUCAUAUUCUGUUUUUAUUUAGACCUGCUGUUGACGUUUGUCAUUUUGACUUUAAACUUUUUUUUAACAAACCUUAAGAAUGAUUUUCUAUAAACAUGUUAAAGAAGUGUCUUUUGCACGACAAUGGGAAUACUAUUAAUGCCGAAUUAAUGUAUAUAUCUAUAUCAAAGAUCAAUCUGAAACUUUUCCACUGUUAAUCGAGAUACUUAAAACAAUUAUUAUUCACAGGAAAUCCAGUUGUCUAUAAGUUUCAAAUACGUCAAUUGAUCAAGACAAAAAGACCCACGUAAUCACAUUUAAUAUUCUAAGUAUAUUGUUCAUAUUUCAUUCUGAACUUCUUAUUUGAUUAUAUUUAGCGUUAUAUUCAUAUUCAGUUUGAUAAAUAAUCUAUUCCUUCUGUUUAGCAUUUUAGAAGACGGACAAAAGAUUAAUUGUAAUGAUAAAGAUGAUUUAAAACAGUAAUAAUAUUAUUAUUGCACAUUUAAGAGCUAAUUACUUGUCAAUGAAUAAUAUUUGUAAAGAAAAUUGGUUAGAAAAAUGACUUUGCUCCUACAAGCGUAAAAUGAGGCAGUAUAUUAAAACAUUUUAUUAAAGACGUCCAUCUUUGUUGAAAUUAGUUCAUCUACUUAGCGCUGAAAAUGUCAAUGAUUUGUGAAAUUUUGGCUAAAUCUUGUUUAUCAAUAUAUUCACAUGAUUAUCGGAGGACUUAUGUGCUAACGAACAAACACUUUUUAAAUAUUCAUAUAUAAUGCAUACUUUUCUGAAGAAUUAUCGCAGGUAAUGUAAUAUAUUGUGUUGAUAAUGUCAUGUACUAAUAAACAGUCGCAUUGGGAAUGGAUCAUCCCCCUUUUUUCAAAUUUUCCAAUAAAUCAGAUAAUUUAUCAA